AUGUUCACAUCCGCUCGGCGCUGGCUGCGCAAUAACCGGACGCCCAUUGCUGUAGGCGUGGGCGUCAUCGGUGCUGGUUACGUCGCGACCCAGUAUGUCAUUGGCAAGCUCAAUGAUGCUCGUGAGCGCAUGAGUAGCGAUCGUAUCGCGAAGGAGAACUUGCGACGUCGCUUCGAACAGAACCAGGAGGACUGUACGUUCACCGUCCUGGCUCUCCUGCCAUCCGCAACGACCGCCAUUCUCGAGGCCAUGAACACAGAGCAGAUCACAUUCGAGAUCCAACAGAUGAAGGCCACCAAAGCCAUAAAGAACGGCGGCUCUGAGUCGGCCGCGCCGCCUAGCAUCGCCGAUACUACAAUGACAGAAGAGGAUGGAAAAAGUAUGGCAGGUCAGAGCGAGAGCGGUGUGCAAACAAGCCAGCCUCCCACAUCGUCACCAUUCAACGCUGGAGGCGAGGCGAAUAAGGAAGCUCCAAAGCCACGUAAGACGAAGCGACAAUUAUGGGAUGAUGUGACUAUUAGCGCUGUGACGCGGUCCUUUACUUUGAUAUAUACCCUUGCGUUGCUGACAAUGCUCACUCGGGUACAACUUAAUCUCCUUGGUCGACGGAGCUAUCUAUCGAGUGUAGUGGCCCUCGCCACUGGCGGUCAACAGGGCACCAUCAGCCUCGAGAACAACGAUGACGAUAAUACGGAACAGACAUAUGGCAGUGACUUCGACAUAAACCGCAAGUACCUGACCUUUAGCUGGUGGUUGCUCAACAAGGGCUGGGUGGACCUGAUGCACCGAGUUGAAAGUGCCGUGCGUACUGUCUUUGGUAGUUUGAGCCCCAGGGAUAUCUUGAGCUUCGAGAGAUUCUCUGAGUUGACGACCGAGGUCAGGAAGCUUGUCGAGGGCUCCACGAAGGAGGAGCGCUCGAAGUCUGACUGGCUCAACUUCCUACUUCCACCCAGAGAUAUGGAGGAUGAGGUGAUCCGAGAGUCAGGCAUCCUUGAUGAGACAGCCAACCGAGAAGGCGAGCACUCAACAGCUGCGUCGCAGGCAAUCUUGAGACGGCUUCUCGACGAGACGGCCGAUCUCAUCGAGUCACCCAGUUUUACACACGUCCUUACUCUUCUUCUUGAUACUGGCUUCUCAUAUCUCAUUGACAAUAAGCUUGCAACGGCCGCGUUUGAGCUCCCAGCCUCGGAUGGCAUCGUCACCCCUGAACUCAAAGACCAGCAACGCUCCAAGGUGAUUCUACUGCCCAAGAUCUUGUCGGUAUUGACGCGCCAGGCUCAUGCCAUUGGUGAUGGAAUGCCCAACGAGUAUCUCCAGAAGAUGGAGACAGUUCGCGAUCUCGAGGCAUUUGCCGCAGUCGUGUACUCCAGCAACUGGGAGCAGGAAAUUCGUGCAGAUGAUGACCUCAUGGCCAGCGCCGUUGACCUUGGUGCUUCACAGACUAGUGGUAUAGUGUCGCAAGCACAGGCUCAGACUCAAACACAGACACAAACACAGACACAAGCACAAGGUGAAUCAAGUCUAGUUGUGGUAGAUCCGCAAGGAGGCUUUGAGAGCGCAUGGGGCCGGGCAGUAGAGGAUAAGUCGUAA